GAGUGGUGAACAUCCGUGGCGCACUGACGCACCCAAGUUCAGCACCAAAACAAGCGCACAGCGGAGGGACCAUUGUGGAGUACAGUACCACGCAAGGAGGGGACGUCUGCUGACAGAAAGAAGCACGGCUGUGUGGAUAUUUGCUCUUCCCUCACCUUUGGAUAACUUGGAAACGCUUUCUCUGGACGCUUUUGACGCACGCCAACAAGGAGCUACGGGAGAACUCCCUGGGAGUGAAGAAGGAUUUAUACGUGUUUUAGAUUUGAAUUUUUCCAUCUGUUUACCUUGGUGUAAAUACUUUGGAAUAGGAAGGUGUUGCUGCUUUAUUGGCUGGUGACACGGCUGCCCUGGAGAAGCGAGAAGGAUGGCAGCCUGGUUCACCUUUACCAUCGCAUUCAGCACCACGUUGAUAUCACAGGUAUUUGGAUCCGGUGUUUUUGAGCUCGAACUGCACGAAUUUAAAAACCACAAAGGUUUGCUGGCAAACGGGAAUGCAUGCAAACCCAACUGCAGGACUUAUUUCAGAAUUUGCUUGAAGAACUAUCAGGCUGUGGUCUCGCCAGGUGACUGCAUCUUUGGAAGUACAAUGACAGCGGUGCUGGGGACAAACUCUUUCAGCGCCAAGGACAGUGGCACUUUACCUAAACCGAUUCGGAUACCGUUCACCUUUGGAUGGCCGGGGUCCUUUUCAUUAAUAAUUGAAGCCUGGCAUUCACCUUAUGGAAAUCUACCUGUAGAUACCAACAACCCUGAAUUCUUGAUAAGCUUUAUUGCCAUCCAAAGACAAAUGGGAGUAGGAACUGAUUGGUCUCAAAACACGCAGACUGAAAAGCAGACCGAGCUAAGAUAUUCCUACCGAUUCAUCUGCAGCGAAAGUUACUAUGGAGAAAGUUGUUCCAAAAAAUGCUCGCCCAGGGACGACCGAUUUGGCCACUACACCUGCAACCGCGACGGGCAGUUAUCCUGUCUGCCUGGCUGGAAGGGGAAAUACUGCGAAGAACCUAUCUGUCUGGAGGGCUGCAGCGAGAGGAAUGGAAAUUGCUCCAAACCUGGCGAGUGUGUAUGCAGAGAAGGCUGGCAGGGCACGUUCUGUGACGAGUGUAAGAAGUACCCGGCCUGUAAGCACGGCACCUGCCAGCUGCCAUGGCAGUGCAACUGUCAGGAGGGCUGGGGAGGCCUAUUAUGUGACCAAGACCUGAACUUCUGCACCCAUCACCGUCCAUGUGUGAAUGGCGCUACCUGUAUGAACACGGGACAGGGCAGCUAUACGUGUACCUGCCUGCCAGGUUUCACAGGGGUCAACUGUGAGUUGGAGAUGCAGGAGUGUGACAGCAACCCCUGCAGGAACGGAGCGAUGUGCACGAAUUUAGAAAGUGGCUACAUGUGCACGUGUCCCCAAGGUUUCGAGGGGUCCCACUGUGAGCACAGCCUUCUGACGUGCGCAGACUCCCCGUGUUUCCACAGUGGCUUUUGCUGGGAGACGGACAAUGGCCGAAGCUACAAGUGCGAGUGUCCCCGCGGCUACACCGGACUCAACUGCGAGAAGAGAGUGGACAAGUGCACGUCGCUUCCCUGCGCUAAUGGUGGGCUGUGUCUGAUCCACGGUGGCACGCGUAUGUGUAGCUGUCGUGCGGGAUUCAUCGGCCAGCGUUGCGAGAUCAACAUCAACGAGUGUGCCGGGAAUCCCUGCCUCAACAGCGGCACCUGCCAAGACCGCAUCAACGACUACACCUGCACCUGUCCCGCGGGCUACGGGGGGCGAAACUGCGAGAGAAUCCUGGAUGAGUGCUCCCUACGAACCUGCCUCAACGGAGGACUUUGCACCGGGGGCGGCGGGCCAGGGAAGCCUCCAGCAUCCUGCAUCUGCCUCUCAGGGUUCACCGGACCCCGCUGCGAGUUCUUCGCCGCCGUCACCUCCCCGGUGGCCGAGGAAGAGGGUCAGGACAGCUUCCAGUGGGCGGCUGUGUCCCUGGCCGUGGGACUGGUGGCGCUGCUGGUGCUGCUCUGCAUGGUGGGCCUGGCUCUGAGACACAUCCACAGGCAGGCCCAGAGAGAGAGGGCCGACACGGAGACCAUGAACAACUUGUCCAACGGUCAGAAACACAACCUGAUCCCAGAGUGCCAGCUGAAGAACAACAACCAGAAGAGGAGCCUGGAGGUGGACUGCGAUUCGGAGAAAUCGAACUUUAUCCAUAAAAACUAUCACUUGGACUCUUACAACUCGAAAUCGAAAGAGUUCAAGGACAAAAAGUCGCAAGAGGAUAAAAGUCUUAUUUAUGUGAAAUGUUUAGAAGACAAAAUGCCCUUGAGUAGAAUGUACAGUGAAAAGCCAGAGUGUAGGAUAUCAACGAUAUGUUCCUCAAGAGACUCCAUGUACCAGUCGGUAUUCGUUAUAGCGGAGGAGAGGAAGGAGUGCGUCAUAGCGACCGAGGUAUAAACUGUGAGGGAACGAAGGAGAAAGACACAAUCGAGGCAGAAUAAAAAAAGAAUAUUCUGGAUUGUUUACAAAUGCUGAGAAGAGACUGGAGAUUGUUUUAGAUGUCCACUGCUGCUCUGGAACACUUGAGAACUGGAGAGGGCGGAAACCUCUCUGCUCAGAACUGAGGAAACGUUAUGUCGACCGAGUGUUUGUAUGCAAAACAUGUACAGUGAAGGACCUCUGAGAAGAAAAGACUGUCUACUCAAGGUGUGAAGAGCAUCGGCGAAAUAUUAAUUUAUAAUCUCGGCCAUCCUGGAGGCGAGGGUGGAUCACUCCGACCCCGGCCUCGUGUGAUAAUCAUGAUGACUUUGACAGCCAACCAAUCAGUAAAAAGAAAAGGUGCCUAAGAUUUGACCCCCUUCAAAUCCCCCCCCCCCCCCCCCCUUACAAACACUCACUCCUGCCAGCUUCGCCUGCUAUGCAAGACUCAGGGUCGAGUGAACUCACCCGCUGUCACAAUCCAACCUCACGAACUCUGAGAGUUAUAAAUGUCUGAAACUAAUCUUCAACUGUCAAUCAAUGUGAAAAUGGACUUUUCCCAUGCAGCGGUGAAGAUUGUAUGCAGCCCAAAUUCACUAGAAGCCUUAACAAAAAGAGGGGGUUUGAACGCUCAAUUUGUGCCCUUGUCUGUCCUUGGAUCAUUUGCACUACAACAUAAAAUUGGGGGGGGGGGAAAUAGUUUCUAAUCAAUGGGGAUUUGAAGAGAAAACCACAGGAGCGCAAUAGUCAGUGCUGUGCCAGCAAGAUCCAAGAGAAAGGAAAAGUCUGCAUAGAAAUGUUUUUUAUGCAACCCACCUGAGGAAGAAAAGAGACUCAAACAACGACUGUCACACCACUGCCUGCCUAUAAUACAUUUAAAAAAUACAGAACCAAUAAUGUAAUUUUUUUAAACGAUUGUUUCCAGAGUUUAAUUUAAAUAUGACACACUGCUCUUUAUAUGUUUUAUAAUAUUAUUUUGUAUAUAAUGCAUAUUUAUAAGGACCAAACUUCUGAAGAAUAAAACUUCUUGAAAACUGUUUUUGAUUUGAUGUCAGUAAGUGGAAAAGGAAAUUAUUUUUGAGGUGUUUUUAAACAAUGAA